AUGAGAUCAGCUACUGUGAAGACCCUACGUGGCAUCCGAUACAGAAAUCCUGAUCAACGCAGGCACCUGUCCUGGAUGCUGGAGUCAGCCUUGUACUCGUAUUUUGGCUACGCCAGAUACGACACCGCUUUUCCUAACGUCUGGGCCCUUCGUCGGCGUCGUCAUGACUCCAGGUUCCCUGAUCUACCUGCUAGACCCUCGAUUCAAAACACUGUUGGCGUUGUAGCAGGCCAGCAUUUACGUAACGGCGCACUUCCUCAUCUUUUUGAGAUUUGA